UUCUCUCGCUUCCUCCGUCUUAAUUUUCUCUCGGUAUCUGGUGUUUUCAGGGGAGAUAAGUAGUGAAUAGGAAUGAGAUCGCUUACAGCCCGGCCCUCAACUUCUACAGUUAGUCCUGGGUUUUUUUUCAGUGGAAUUUUCUGUUAAGUGUAUUUACCGUUGCAGUCUGAUUCUGACCAAGUAGUUAAAACCUAAAAGAGCCAUGGUGGGCCAGGACACUCGAUGAAUAUCUGAAUAUGGAGGAAACCCCAGUUGUAAAGCGGCUAUAUGUUGGAGGACUUGGCCAUACAAUCUCUGAAGCUGAACUGCAAGAAAGAUUUGGCAAGUUUGGAAAUGUUACAGAGACAGAAAUUGUGACCCGGAAAGAUGAACAAGGGAAUCCUGCAAAAACAUUUGCCUAUAUCAACAUCACCCUUUCAGAAAAAGAACUUAAAAAAUGUAUAUCUGUUUUAAAUAAGACAAAAUGGAAAGGUGGGACACUACAAAUAGAAUUAGCCAAAGAGAGCUUUUUGCACAGAUUGGCACGAGAGCGUCAAGAGGAAAGUAUAAGGAAGGAAAAGCCAGACAAUAAUGGCAUGACAAACGUCCUAAAAUCUUUGAAGAAAUCUGGAAUUACAAAUUUUCACGUGAAAGCAGUACCAGGAACAGAAGUACCAAAUCAUAAGGACUGGGUUGUUGGCAAAUUUGGCAGAGUUUUACCAAUCCUCCAUCUGAAGGGUCAACACAGAAGCAAAAUCAUAAAAUAUGACCCUUCCAAAUAUUGUCACAAUCUUAAAAAACUGGAUCAAGACUUUACUGAGACAGUUCCUAUUUCCCAGCUCACUUGGCAUUUGGAGGAAGGUGAUGACAGCAUGAGCAAGAAACGCCAAGGACAGUUUCCUGUAUCUAAACCACCUAAAAAGAAAAUGAGAGUAGAAGAGAGUGACAAUUUGAGGACAGAAUUGCAUUCAUAUGGUCAGUUUUCAUCAAAAGCAAGAAACGUAGCCCCCACCAAACUAGUUCAAAGCCACACACCCAAGACCAACAAACAAAAUAAAGAGCACUCUGUGCCUCAGAAACAUGGAACUGUUUUAACACCUUGCAGGAAUAUUAACAGUCUGUCUGAAAGUGAUAUUGAUUCUGAAGAAGAAAUCAGAGCCAUAAUAGAAAGGGAGAGAGAAGUGCGCAAAGUUAACUCUAAUAUUGAACAUGAAGAUAAUAUGGAAGUUGUCAGAGACAACUUUGAGUUGAAAUAUUGCACUCAUUGGUCUUUACAGAAAGUACAAGAUGCGAAGCAAGCACACACAGGGUGUAAUGGAGUGCUAAAGAGCACUGACAACAACUCUGAUUAUGAUUCAGCUGACACUGAUGAAAUUAUAGCAGUGACUAAAGUGCCAAAUAAAAAGCAGAAAAAUGAAGCUCCAGAGGGAUCUAAUGCAGCCAGAAGGGGAAAGGAUGGCAGGUCUAAGAUAAAUGCUACACAUUCUGGAUCUUCUGACUCAGAUGGGUUAAUACUGGAUAAACAGAAAAGAGAAGAAAGAGCAAAGCCUGAAAAAACCUCGGAUUCCAAGGCUGCUCUUCAACAGGACCAUGUCGGUAAUAAAUGCACAUCUGAGAACAAUGAAAGUUCCGAUUCAUAUCUUGACACAAGUGAGUCUGAUGGGGAUGAAGAUUAUGAAGCCAUGAUGCAGAGCUGUUACCAACUAGAUCUUACAUUAGAAGACUUAGAAAGAUUAGCCAGUGAAAAAAGCAAAACUACAUAUGAAGAUAAUGCAAGGAACCAAAGUGACAUGCCAUACAAAACCACUAAAUUUCCAGCUAAUAGUACCAGCAAUAUUCCAAAGAAAUCCACAGAUACCAUUACUCCCAAAAAAUGUAUUUGCCCUGAAGAGAUAGUUUCUGCCAUUUUAGAAGGGGAGAGUUCUGAUGAAGAUAAACCAAAAAGAAAGAAGUCAAAUUUGAAAAUUCAGCCUUUCAAAGGAACAGGGUCAUUAAGUAAAGUGCUGACUAAGAGUGAGUUGGACACGCAUGAUAAAGUUUCUUCUGCCCUUGUUGAUCUGGAAACUCUCAAAAGUGUUUCAAAACCUAAAUCCCUCUCAGUACAAGAAACUACCUCUGACUCUCUCAAAAGAGCUUGUAUAAUAAACUCAGUUGAAAAUUCUGACUACAGCAAACCCAAUGCAGAAAGUAGCAAGGUGGAAAGCAAUGAUGUGAGUGUUACAUCUGAAAGAAAGAACUCAAAAAGUCUGAAAUCUCUUUGCAAGAGAACAAAGACAGAGACUGGCAUUAAAGGGUCCAGCUUUGCACACAGUAAGAAUAUGAAAGGUGAAGAAGCCUUUCUGGAUUCUGCCAAAGCUACAAGCAUGUUGGAUAAAAAGGAAAAACAGCUGCAGGAUAAUGAAAAAAGGCUAGCAGCUCUACAAGAGAGGCAAAAAGAACGAGAGCUGCAGAAGAAACUUGUUCAAGGAGCAUUAACCAGUCUGGAAAUUCAGUCAACAAGAAAGCAGAAACAUAUAGUAUUUGAUUCAGAUGGUGAAAAUGAACCUGAAAAUGACACUGAAGUACAAGAGGGCAUGAAAGGAAGGUCUUCAGAAAAGCUGCUAGGAAAGGAAUUUGCCACCAAAACCUCUGGAAAGUUGUUUGAGAGCAGUGAAGAUGAAUCGGAUACUGCAGAUGAAGAAGAUGACAGAUUUAAAAUCAAACUUCAGUUUGAGGGUAAAGCUGGGGAGAAGCUUAUGCAUUUACAGUCACGAUUUGGAACAGAUGAAAGAUUUCGUAUGGAUGCUCGCUUCCUUGAAAGUGACAGUGAACAAGAAGGUGAAUCAAAAAAGGUGAACAUAGAUGAAGAGGAGCUUACUUUAGAAAAAAAGAAGAAUCUUGAAAUCUUGAAAAAUCUUCUGAAUGUCUGUGUAGAACUUCCCAAACCUAGCAAGCAGACUGCAAAUGCCAGGAAAUUCAAAGAUAUGAACACCCUACGCUAUGACCCUACGAGGCAAGACCAUACAGUGUUCGAAAGGAAGCCAGAAAACGCAAACAUGGAAAGUAAAGCUAAAAAGAAGAAGCAGAGGGAAGAAGCUCAGAAACUGCCUGAAGUGUCUAAAGAAAUCUUUUAUGAUGUCACUUUGGACUUGAAAGAAAUACUUGGAUCUGUGAAAUGUGAUGAGAAAGCAGAAGUAAUACCUUGGGACAAACAUGAUGAUCUGGAAGAAGCAACUCCAACUGACACAGAGACAUUAGCAUUCAGUGCUGGAAACCACAGUCAAGAGGAAAGUAGCGGCUUCACAUUUUCCUUUUUUGGUGCUGAAGAGGAGAGACCACCUAUGAAAGAAGAACCCUAUAUAAUUGAAACAAUAAAGCCUUCAAGAGUUGCAUGGCAAGAAGAUCCACGUUUUCAGGAUAGUAGUUCAGAAGAUGAUGAGCCAGAAUUUGAAAGAGAUGAUGUUAAAGAAAUGUCUCCAGGCCCAUCACACUCCAAUAUUAGAUUUUUCUUCUUCUCCCGAUAUGAUGAUAGAUUAAAAGAGGGCCCAAAGCUGUUCUGUAAGUCCUCAAACCUUGAGGAAGACACAGAUUAUUGGGAAAGCCGGCGCCAAACAUUACUUGAGGAUUGUCGGAAAAAACAUAAAGAUGCAAGAAGAAAAAUUAAAGCAAAACAAUGAAUACAAUGGUCCUAAUCAACAAGGAUGACACACAAACACUGAACAUUCAAAAUCUGGAUAAUGUAAGAAGUCACAGGAAAUGAUUCUGCAGAUACUCUGAAAACUGGUGCUGGACGUAAAAAGCUGUAAAAUCAGAAUAGUUCUGUAACUAUUAAGCUUUAAUCCUUACAUCUGCCUUGCUCAGGUUGGGCACUUUUUCACAGUGUAUGUUGGUUUUUGGUUUGAGAAAAUCCUUAAGCUAUAGGCAAAUCUGCUUUGAGUAUUGCCUGCAGUCCUCUACUUAUCUUACUGUAGCCAUGAAUUAAUCUCACAUAAAAUGUCAACAGGACUAUAUGGGUGAUCUUUGUCAAUAUCUUCUAUGCUUACUACCACUGUUCUGCAAUGCACAUGAGCCCCAUGCCAUGUACAGUUAGAAAGAGAGUCUUUUCUUAUUUCAUGCACACCAGAAAGUAACCUUUAGGAGCAGUUCAUAGAGCUAGUAUAUGUCAGUGUAACUGAUAAAAGUUGUAGGAAGGAGUAAAUGUAAGAAGCUGGCUAAGGAGCAAAUGAACAAAUGAGACCUUUGCAAUGUUAGAUAUUAAAUUUAAAGUAUAACAAGUACAAUUAAAGAGGUGGAGAAGAUCACAUUUGUGCAUGUAUGUUAUAUAAUUAUAUUAAUGCAUUUAAAUGACCAAAUGUAUUCAGUUCAAAUUGUACUAGUGUGUGUUAUUUUCUGAUGCUGCAUGUUAAACUUCUUUUUGAGUCGAAUGACAAAAAACAAACUGCAGUUCUAUUACUUCACAGGUAGAGAGUCCCCCUUACAAUCAGUGUGACAUUCUUGGGAUAAACAUACUUAAGACUGGGAUACUAUGUUGCAAUCUAAAGCUAUUAAAAUUUGGGCAUUUUCAUUUAAUGGGAUGUGGAUUAUACUUUUAGGCUGGAUUCAGUCUUAUUGAGUGGCUUGACAGCUUCCAAUUUAAGGAAUGCUAACUUCUUCACAGUCUUGAUGGAUUGACUAUUUCAACAUAACAGUUUUUUUUUAUUUUUCCUGUAAAACUGUAAAUUUUGUUCCAAAGUGAAAAUUGUAUUGAUAACAUCAAAUGUGUAAAUAAGUGU